CUUCUGCAAGCAAAUGCCAAGAAGAAGGAGGACAGCCGCUGCUGCUGUCAGUGGAGCAAUGGGUGUGUUGGCUGUGGCGCUGCUGGCCGUGUUGAUGAUGCUGAGCAGUGGCGAUGGUGUGGUGGCUGCGCUGGAAGCAGGGACCAGCGACAGCGAGGCUGGGAAGGGCCACGGUCGAGAGGGCGCCAUCGCCACGUCGCCAUCACCACGGCUGCCUGGGGACGUCGCAAGACUGAACGCACCUUUGGAGACAACAGACAUGCCAGAUGACAAGCUGGUGCAGAGCUAUCGCCGGCACUUUGCCAUCAAGCGGACAGAGCAGGUCAAGGCUGCCGACAGCAUCUUCGAGAAGCCGCAGUACGAAAGGCGGUUUGACCUUGUCAAACCCCUCCUGGAUGAACUGUUCCGGACACUGCGGGCGUCGCAGCGGGCGCUGGAGGACGUGGAUGUGGCAGCGCUGCGGCCUGUGCCUGUAGACCAGCCAGAGGUGCUGGACGCCCUGCUCAAGGUCUGGGAGAACAUGGCCUUCUUUGGGGACCUCAUCCUGCGCAUGCCAGACCAGGUGCACACGCUCAUCGACAACCACAACGUGCGGCUUGGCCUGGUGCGGUGGGGCGUCGACCUGUGUUUGGAGUCGCCCGUGUACGAGGACACGCACAGGCAGCAGCUUCGCCUGGUGCUGCAGGAGACGGGGCUGGCAGAAGAGAAGGAUCCAAGCUACAUCAACCCGUUCUCCGAGGCGUAUAUUCGCGAGCAGCAGCGUCUCAAGCAGCAGCAGCAGCAGCAGCAGGAGGAGCACUUGAAGAAGACCCUCAAGCGACAGCGCAUGCGCAAACGUCGUCUCAGGCACCACGACUUGUAGCGCGUGCGUACACGUGUGUGUACGUCGUGUGUGUCUGUGUGUAUGUACAUGCGUGUGUCGUGCGCAUGUGUGUGUGUGUGUGUGUGUCGUGUGCAUGUGUGUGUGUGUCGUGUGUGCACGACAUGUAUGUGGUUGUCGAACAUGUCCACUAGUUGUUGAUGCAAGCACCGCUGGAGCAUGCAUGUGUGGGUGGUGCAUGUGCGCGUGUGCGUUCGCAGCAUUGCCGGGGUUUCACUGUCUACUAUUGAAAGGAACACAGCUCUGAUGCUGCAAUGAACGCUGCGAGAAACACAAA